GAUCGCUAGUCUCGUGUUUCCCCUCGUCUCGAAUAACGUUCGUUCGUCGUUCAGUGUCAUAUACUUGUCCUCGUGUUGUUUAAAAUACUUUUACUUCGUGACAUGUUUUAAAUUCCCUCAAACGAGUGCUUCAAUAUAAAGUUCACAACAAAAAAUGUGUUAUACCAAAGUUUUUUGAACAAGUAACGUCAAACUAAACGACAAUAUGGGUUCGAAAAUUGAAUACGUUGAUUCGUCACACUUAUACGCUACAAACUACGUCCGUAAUUCGAAAGCUAUAGGUGUGCUUUGGGCUAUAUUCACAAUUUGCUAUGCAAUUAUAAGCGUUGUUGCUUUUGUGACACCAGAAUGGAUUGGCGAUUUAGAAACAGAGUAUCCGAGGAAAUUUGGUCUGUGGCAGAUUUGCAGAGCCGACGAGGCCGUAGAAGAUUGCAAAGGGAGAUUGGAUGAUUUCUUCUCGAUAAAUGGAUUGGUGUUCAAGAUUGCGACUGUGUUGGUUGGGUUAGCGGUCGCCUUGGCACUGUUUACUAUAUGCGCGAUGUUAUUAUUCUUCUUCUGCCAAUCGACAACCGUCUUCCACAUCUGCGGAUGGCUACAACUGUUAUCUGCUGCUUGUCUGGUGAGCGGUGUGGCUGUGUAUCCAGCAGGCUGGUCUGAACUGGCCGUGCAGGAGACGUGCGGACCAACAGCUGAUCAAUACAACAUUGGCCGGUGUCAUGUGCGCUGGGCGUAUCUACUGGCGGUGAUAGGUGCGCUGGAUGGCAUCGUGCUGGCUGCACUCGCCUUCAUCCUAGCCACUAGACACCUGAAGUUACAACCUGACACUGCCUACCCACCUCCCUCGCUGUACAAAGGUGAAGUGAACAACGCAUACGUGACAGACGCCCAGUCGGUAGCGGGGUCGCGCAAGUCGCUGGCGCUACAGCCAGUGCUGCUGGUGCGGCCACCACCAGACCUCGACUCCUACAGCCACUACUCGCACCCUUCACACCACUCGCAUCACUCCAGCCGGACUCCGAGACCCAAGCACGGACUAUACGCCAACGCAAUGCACAACUACCAACUUUAAUUUUUAAAUCUUGCUCAUAGAUGGCGCUUGAAAGUUACCACAAUUAUCAACUUGUGGAGUUAAUGCUGCUCGUUCAUAGAUGGCGCUUCAAAAUUAACCAAAAUUAUGUGCAGGAUAUUUGCAAUCUUUAUUUUGGCGGUAGAUGGCGUUCUACGAUAUUUCAAAUGCAAAUCAGAAUCUCAUUUAUAAAUUGUAAAACUUUGAAAUAUUUCCUUACUGUUUGUAAGUUUAAACUUUUGUAUAUUAUUUUUUAUUCAUUAUCUCAAAUUACAUAGUUGUACAUGAUUAUUCUAAUAUAAUGUAAACUAUAAUUAUACAAAUGUAACCGAAAUGUAAAUAGAUGUAAUGUUACGAUACUUUUAGUGUAAGUACAUCGUAAUACAUUCGACGUACGAAAUGUACUUCAUAACAUAAUGUUACAACGAAUUUACUUGUGCCUGCAAAACGAUGCAACUGUAUUUUUGUUAUAAUUUUAUAAAUAAAUUAGAAUUUAUA